GUCGGGCGGGUCCCGUGAUGGCAGGCGGUGGCGCCGCUGCCGCGGUCGCUCUGUCACUCGCCGCGCUCCCGGCUGCUGCUGCCGUCACCCCAGGACCGGCACUCGGACGCUUCCCCCGCGCCGCUGCCAUGGCCGAGGAUGAGAACCCGGAGCCCCUCAGCGAAGGGUCAGGAUGGCUAUCCAGUUGGUUGCCUGCAUGGUGUCCUACAUCACUAGUACAUCUUAAAGAUGCUGAAGAGAAAAUAUUGAAAUGUAUCACAAGUACAUACAGUAAACAAUAUGUCUUCAUAUCCAAUGGAAAUAAAAUAUGGACGCUAACAUUCUCUCAGAACCUUUCGCAGAAAACUCCACUUGUUCUUCUCCAUGGGUUUGGAGGUGGCGUUGGACUUUGGGCUCUGAACUUUGAAGAUCUUUGUGAAAAUAGGACUGUGUAUGCAUUUGAUCUCUUGGGAUUUGGACGCAGUAGUAGACCGCAGUUUGACACUGAUGCAGAAGUAGCAGAAAAUCAAUUUGUAGAAUGUAUUGAAGAAUGGAGACGGAAAAUGGGAUUGGACAGAAUGAUUUUACUUGGACACAACCUGGGUGGAUUCCUGGCAGCUGCUUACUCACUGAAAUACCCAUCAAGAGCAAAACAUCUUAUAUUAGUGGAGCCAUGGGGUUUUCCAGAAAGGCCUUCCAGUGCAGAACACGAGAGACCUAUUCCAAUCUGGAUCAAAGCACUUGGAGCAAUUUUGAGUCCAUUUAAUCCAUUGGCUGGUCUCAGAAUAGCAGGACCCUUUGGAUUGAGCCUUGUACAGCGUAUUAGGCCAGACUUUAAAAGAAAGUAUUCAUCCAUGUUUGAUGAUGACACAGUCACUGAAUAUAUCUACCAUUGUAAUGUGCAGUCCCCAAGUGGAGAAACGGCUUUCAAGAACAUGACAGUUCCAUAUGGAUGGGCAAAAAGGCCAAUGCUACAGCGAAUUGCCCAAAUGCACCAAGACAUUCCCAUCACUGUGAUUUAUGGAGCACGAUCAUGUAUAGAUGGCAAUUCUGGGACCACCAUCCAGUCUCUGCGACCAAAAUCAUACGUGAAAACCAUAGCUAUCCUUGGUGCAGGUCAUUAUGUGUAUGCUGAUCAACCUGAAGACUUCAAUCAGAAAAUAAAAGAGAUCUGCAAUUCUGUGGACUGACAGGAUUCUGUUUUUUGGGAAAGUGAGCCACAGAUAUAAUUCAAAGCAAUACUUUGUAGUAUAUUACAAAAGUUAAGGAAUACAGGCAUUGUGAAACAAAACAGAUUUUGUUUGCACCAUUUCUUUCAAGAUGUUUGCACACUUUAAACCAUGCAAGUGCCUUUUGCUGCGAUGGGGAGAUUUAAAAGAAAACCACAAUUGUGUACAUUUUAGUUUGAUGCAGUUCUUUAUAUAUUUAGAUAAGAUAUUUUUGUCUAUAUAUUAAAACAACAUUUUAAAACUGGAUUUUUAACAACUGGAAUUUAGAACAUUUUAAAUUGUGCUUAUACAUACAGCAAGAGUUUCUGUAACAAACAUUCUUACAAAAUGCUGAGUAAAACUGCAAUUUGGCAACUUCAGCCUCCAUAUGGUGCAGUUUUCAUACACUGAACUUUUUAAGAAUGUGAAAAUACUUCACAAUUUUUCUCUAAAUUGGAAGAUUGUAUGUAUAAUAUCGUCACACUUCAUUGUACUUUAUGAAGUGGAUUUUGCCAAAAGAAUACUGGUAUGUACCAACGAAAAAUAAAAAUUAGGAAGAGUUGGGAAAAGACUGAGUAGCGCUGCAUUUUUUUUUCAACUCUUGGAACCUUGGUUGUUCACUACAAUAACUGUAUUUGGGUGUUUGGUUUCUGAGGGGGCUUUGUUUUGUAAAAUGCUAAUAUUACUGAUAUAUGAUGUUAAAGAGAUAAUGUAGAAUCCAGUGGAUUUGAAGAUUAAAUGCCUUCUUAGUUGCAUAAGCUGUUCAUUUGUCGACAUGAUUAUUGCAAGACCUGUUGCUGGCCCAAUUCUGAAGUUGUUACAUGUUAGCAAGAAUUCCAUGUUUAACUAGUCCCUGGAGAAAAUUGUGUCUGUAAUGUUUGGAAGAGUAUGUUUUUUCUUUUAAAUUAUUGGGUUUUUGAGGCCGUCUGACUGGGAAAAUGCUAACUCAGUUAAAAGAAACAAGUUAAUUGUGUCAAUAGUUAUCUUUUAAGAAGGCAACUUAGAUUAAAUAAUACAAAUGAAUCAAAAAACAUAAUCUUACCUCAGAAUUGUAAUAAAAUAUGUAAUUUUAUGCAGCAUUUUCAAUAUGAGCUUAUUUAGACUCUGGUUCUUUACAAAACUGUGUUUUUAGAUACUUGGUUAAGUUAAGGUAAACCAACCUGUUGCCAUCUAAAAGGUAAUAACUUACUGGUUAGCUUUCGAAUUUUGAAAUAACAAACUUUGUUCUUUCUUAUAUAAGUCUUUGAAUCAAUCUGAAAUAAUUCUUGAAAGUCAAUUUUGUUGUCUCUUGGAGGUAUAAUCUUAGAUUAUAUUAACAGAAGUGGGAAGUAUUUCCUCUCCAAGAGAUUUUUUUUACUUCGGUGCUGUGAUAACGUUACAAUCACUUUAACUCCCUUGACUGUAGUGUAAUAUUUAUGCUGAAUAUUGGCACCAUUGUACAGCUCAUUUCACAACUUUUUAAAGAACAAUCAGUAUUGCAUAGUAAACCACGAUGGUCAGUACUAAAAUGCAGAACCUUGUUUUUUUUGAAUACGUAACAUGAAUCUCACAUUAACAAACUGCAUAGUUAAAUUCUCAUAGCUCUGUAGUAAAGAAUUCUAUUUCAUGCUUACUGGUUUGUAUUAGUCAGCUGUUGUACAUUUGAAAUCACAUAUAAAAUGCCAGCUAACUCAAAA